AUGUCUUCAGACAACUAUGUCCAACCUCAUGCCUGUCCCAAGCUAGCCCUGCUACUUACCGAAUACGCUAUUGCGACAUCCAUCGCAUCACACCUUACUACCAAGGACUUGCUCAAUCUCUCUCGCACCUCAAAGCACGUCCACCAGCACCUUGGCGAGGAUAUGAGGAACUUCCGUGUUAUCGCGCAGUAUACGCUCUGUGAUGGCAAGGCUGUCCUCGAUCGAAAGCAGGCACGUGGCCACUACAUAAAGCAUCCCGAAAACCUGCAAUGCCAGGGCGCGGAGGGCAAGCUGUGCUCAAGCUGUGGCGUCAAGGUCUGCAAUGAAUGCCGGUUCCACAUCCUCUACCGCACCAACUACGGUACACCGAACUCCGAUGGCUCGGCCAGCGCAGCCGAUGCCGACAACGAUGAUGAUGACAGCGACGAAGUGACGGCCGAGUCGACUCUGGCGCAAUACGAGCACGAUGCCAAUGGCGCGGCCUUCCGCUGCAACGAGCGGCGCCUACAGCCCGACAUGGCAGACAGGAAGCAGUAUCAAUGCGAGAACUGUACUUCUCUUAGCGGAGAACGCAAGAGCCAUCUCUGCAGGUGCACCCCAAAAUCCCAGUUCCUCGACCGCUGGGUCUGCCGCCCCUGCCAGCUUGCUGAGCGGAAGAACGGUGUGGCCGGCAAGAAGAUGUACAAACUCCCGCCGAACAAGUGGACCGUCAACGAAUCCAAUAGGUAUAGGCUUGCAAACCCGUGCACGUGCGGAAAGGAGCUUGGCACAGCCGGUUUUCACGUCUUCUGCGCGUGGUGCAAGAGCAAAGUCUACGAUGCGCUUAUCGACGGAGACAGAUCUGCUCGUAACGACGGGCCGGAAGAUGAGACGGGGUUCGCCUGGACGGAAGACGACCUUGCCGCUACAAAGUCACGGUGCGCAAAGCCUAACGAUUUGGCUUAG